GAGUCGCCUUGGUUACGUUGAGCGUCUGCGUGCUGGCGGGAGAGCUGACGGCGGUGCACGCACGCACGGGCCGCUUCUGCGGCCGACACCUGACCAACAUGCUGCAGCUCGUCUGCCGCGGCCGCGGCUACAACACAGUGCGAACCACGAGAUCAGUGAUAGCGUACGAACCGAGGUAUCUCAGGAGUGGUGACGCGACAGAAAACGCCGACGUCAAUUUCGCCGACGUCACGGGGCCGUUACAGAAGAGAACGAAGCCGAGCGGUAUAGUCGAAGAGUGCUGCCUGCGUCGCUGCGACUUGAGAGCCCUCGAAAGCUACUGUGCCGAGGGACCAUCUAGAGUUGAUUCCUUGCAUCAGCGCAUCCCGACGCUGGUGGCCCAACCACCUAAAGUCGAAAACUCUGAAAGCGUCGAGGCUAAGACGUCACUUCCGGGGGGGAGUACAGACAGCGCGUCGACGAUUGCGACUAAGACGAGCCCCGGAUGGGGUCAGCGUCGGUACUUCUACGUCGGCUCGCAGGCGAACACGGUCUCUAGCGACGUCCUCGCCCGUCUAGCAAGCCUCGUGGACACCUACCAGGACUAUUGGGACGAGACCCAGCAAUAGCGGGGGCGGAGAACGCGCGCCGGGGUGGGGGAGGGGGUCGCAGACAUCUACAGUUAAUGAAUUGCGUGGCGGUGAACCAUUCAUUCCUGAAAUGGAAUAAAAAGAGAGAUAUAUGGCGGAAAACAUUUAGCUUGGAGCGGUUCUGUUCGUGUUCGUACGCUUUAUGUGACGGUGCAUGUUCAUUUACCGUUCAAUUGAACCCUUUCGAAUAGGACGCCCAGUGUAAGAUCAUUGUUGCUGAAAAUGUUUGAAUGUGUAACUCCGUAUUUAGACUUAUUCGUAAACGGUAAACAGUAUGAGAAAUAUAUUCGCGCAAUCUAUCGUGUGAAACUGGUCCCAUUAAUCUACUGAACAUUGCAUUUCUAAACGAACAUCUCUAUAAAUGAAAUCACUGAGAUCGAAUCCAUGGAUGCAUUUACGACUAAACCUCUUUAGAUCAGUGCGAAAUUGAUUGUCAAUAAUUUGAUGUCCAUAAUUAAACUCACGUUUCGCUAUAAUAAUAAAAUCAA